AUGGCUAAAGGACGAGUGCUUGUUAUUGCCGGCUCAGAUAGUUCCGGGGGAGCUGGACUGGAAGCAGACCAGAAAGUCAUCGCAGCCCAUGAUUGCUAUGCCAUGACUGCUACGACUGCUUUGACAGCCCAGAACACCCUCGGAGUCAUCGAUAUACAUUGCACCCCUCCAGAGUUCGUCAAGAAGUUGAUCGACGCAUCUGUCACUGACAUCGGCGUCGAUGUUGUGAAGACUGGAAUGCUUGCUUCAGCCGAGACUAUCAGGAUUGUGGCAGACUCGAUCAGAGAACACCACGUGACUAAAGCUGUCAUCGAUCCUGUAAUGGUAUCAACCAGUGGUCAUCAGCUUCUACCCCCAGAAGCUGUGUGGGAACUUUGCGAGCAUCUCCUUCCCAUCGCUACAAUUCUCACCCCGAACGUGCCGGAAGCAUUGCUGCUGCUUUCCGCCAGAGGCAACCCCACAGCUCAACCCAAGAACGUGGAAGAUUUGAUCACCAUUGCCAAAGCCGUGCAGGCUCUCGGGCCGAAGUACGUGCUGGUGAAGGGGGGUCAUCUACCAUUCAAAAAGGAUGGCAGUGUAGCAACAACGGACGCUGAAAAGGAGCUGAUGAUCGAUAUUCUCUACGGCGAAGACGAGGUGACGAAAAUAGAAAAGCCGUACCAGGUAUCGAAGAAUACCCACGCUGCUGUUGCAUCCAAUCUUGCGAAUCGAUUGAGUAUGGUGCAAGCGGUGAAGAGAGCCUGCGCAUACGUUGAAGCGGGUAUCAAGACCUCCACGGACCUUGGACAAGGGAAUGGGCCGAUCAACCACUUCCAUUCAACGUACACCUUGCCAUUUACACCUAAUCGCUUUCUAGAGUAUGUUCUAGAACGGCCAGAUGUUCAAGAGCCUUGGAAAGAACACACUGAGCAUGCCUUUGUCGCUGGGCUUGGUGACGGUACACUGCCUGUGGAAUCUUUCAAAUACUACCUCAUUCAGGACUAUCUGUUUUUGGUUCAAUUUGCCAGAGCCAACUCCUUGGCCGCUUACAAGGCCAAGACAAUCGCAGACAUCGCAGCGGCUGCCAAGAUCGUAGGCCAUAUCUAUCAUGAAAUGGGACUGCACAUCACCUAUUGCAAAGAAUUUGGCGUUACGAGAGAAGAAAUAGAGGCAACAGAAGAAAGUCAGGCAUGUACCGCUUACACAAGAUACGUCCUCGACAUCGGGCAAUCGCAAGACUGGUUUGCCCUUCAAAUUGCCUUGGCACCAUGCUUGAUCGGCUACGGCGUCAUUGCUAAACGCCUCCAUGCAGACCCCAAAACAAAACGUGAUGGAAACAUAUACUGGAAAUGGAUACAGAAUUAUGUUGCUGAUGACUACGUGGAAGCAGUGGAUACUGGAUCUGCAACAAUCGAAAGGAAUGCGGUUUUACAGUCACCAAGUAGGAUCGAGGAGCUGGUCAAAAUAUUCAUCCAUGCAACGAGAAUGGAAACAGGCUUCUGGGAUAUGGGUGCUGGGCAUGUGUAG